AUGACGGUCUAUGAUCCGUUCGGUAAGCUACCCCCGGAGAUUCGACUUCAGGUGUUGACCUACACGCGAUGCAAGUCGACGAUCUUGCGCCUGAUUGAAGCCUCCCCGACGAUGCCUCAGCAAUAUUGCGUGCACAAGAAGUACAUUACACGACAAGUUCUUGCGGCCGAAUUCAACGAUCAGAUGAUACAAGACGCCAUGGCAGUCCUUUUAUUCCCACCUCUCCAGCAUUCUGGCCGGGAAGCUCAAGGCAGGCUCCGCUCAGAGCCCAUAGACUUACAUAUUUCGGCUUGGGGAAGGUCCCAGCCACCUGACCCACUGAAAGAUAAGGAUGACCACCUGCUGGACCAACUGAACAAAUUACACAAUCGAAUCCUUUUCCUGGCUGAGGACUAUAUUACUAAAGCUACUUCUACCAUUCCCUCGUGGGCACACGUCUUUCUACCCGACAUUCGACAAUCGUCGGCUGAAGGAUGCCUUAUCUUCAAAGGCGCCAAGAUAACAGCACGAUUCAAUUUUGCGAAUCUGACAUCCUUGGAAAGAAAAAGAUUUGUCAAAGCAUUCCUGAAAUACGAGCUACUGUGCCAAGCCAACAACACUUUGUACACACCUAACCAUCUGCCAAAACGCAAAGUCAGUAAUGCAGAAUGGGAAGCUGUUGGGUGUAUUCACAGAUAUCUUUGUUCUCUCUAUGGUGCACUCUUCGCACAAUGUACGGAUGCUGAGCUUUCAAGUCUCUCGACAGACCUAAGGUUCCCUGACACCUUCUAUUUCGACGCAAACAGGCACACCCCUAAAUUAGGGUUGGAUUUCACGGACCCCCCUGAACGCAGGCAAGACCCAGAGUUUGAGUUGAGACCCAGCUGGCCUUCAGACAAGUACCGCGAUUGUGCGUCCUACUUCUCGAUACUUGGGCUUGACUAUCUCACCAAAUUCCUCCAUUACGAUAUGAGUGAGCCAAAUGGAAGAGACCAUCUCCGGGUUCAAUUCCAAAAUACGUGGUCAAACAAUUGUCGAUUUGGAGAUGAGGGCUGGAAAGCACACCUCUGGGGUUUAUUCCAAAACGAGCGAGAUAAGCAUGAGUGUGAUUCAUUUAUGUACAAAGAGCCUUCUUUGAGCCCUAGUAGGCCCUGGUACGAAGUACAACAUUGGUCAAGAAUGGAGAAACUCCGAUACAAGAUCGGUCAGCAACGAGCUUGGGUCUUCUUUGACGACAACUACUUCUACCCACAAGAGACCAGUGAGCGGCCGAAUUUCCCAUCGGCAGACUUUCUCGAGUACCAGCCAAGACGGGAGUAUAUCCGACAAUUCUCAGACGACUAUCGCCGUGGGCUUCAUCCCUGGCAGAGAACGAAUAACAUAAAAGAAGCGUGA